CUUGCAGAGGAAGGCAUGGCUGGUUGAGCUCUGCAAACACAGUUCAGCUGAAGAUACAGUUUAUAAGUUAAUAUCAUGAGCCUGAGAGUGUGUGUAUUACUGCCCGAGGCCUACCACUGGUUCAUGGGGUGUAUGUUGAGCAGUUGCAAGCACCUCACUGGAAUAGAGUGGAUGCAGCCCAAUACACAGCAAGAGGUGUCCUCUAUGUUACAGUCUGCUGAUGUCGUAGUCUCUGAUCCAGUCCUCAUCUCAAGUAACCUUGACAACCUGAGCAAAGUGAAAUGGGUGCACAGCAUCUGGGCAGGUGUGAGUCAAGUAACUUCCUCGGCUCCAUUUCCGUUCAUCCUCACACGUCAUGCCGGCUCAUUUGGUAUCUUGAUGGCAGAGUAUGUCAUAGCACAGAUUGUGUGCAGAGAACGGAAACUGUUGAUAGCACAUCAGAACCAACUGCAGCAUAAAUGGGACAAGACACCGUGGUCUACAAGACAAGAAAGACUUCUUUCGUCGCUCUCCAUUGAGAUCCUUGGAGUUGGAGCGAUUGGUUCAAAAGUGGCCGAGAUGUGUAAAGCGUUUGGAAUGACUGUUUGGGGCCUGACCAGAACAGAACCAACCACUGCAUGUCCCCACGUUGAUCAUCACAGGCUGUUAGAGGGACUCCCUGAGGUCCUGGCUAACAGUGACUACGUGUGCAGUAUCCUUCCCUCCACACCUCAAACUGCUGGUCUGCUGAAUGGAGAUAUUCUUCAAAACUGCUCUAAAAAAAAAUCAGUGCUGAUCAAUGUUGGUCGAGGUGAUGUGGUCAGUGAGGCUGUUCUGGUGACGGCUAUCAGACAUGGCUGGUUGGGAGGAGCUAUUUUGGAUGUAUUUGAGCAGGAGCCGUUGCCAGAGAGCAGUGAACUGUGGAGCAUGCCAGAGGUGGUGAUUACUCCGCAUAUUUCUGCACAGUGUACACAAGAGUGUGCUGAUGUUUUUGCGAGUCAGUUGCAAGAGUUUAUGCAGGGGAAGAAGCUCAAGCACACAGUGGAGUGGGGGAGAGGCUACUAGUCUAGCUACCACACAUGUACAGUGCAUAGUGAAUCAAUUAUUAUAGUAGCGGUAGUGACUAUAAUUAUUGUUUGGAGGUUCAGAUAAACAAUUUCUUUACCUAUAAUUUAUUUCUUAAUAUAUAGUGCCCUAAC